AUGCGUUUGUCCUACAGCCUUCUUGGCGCCAUUGCGCUGGCUGGGACUCAUGCCUCGCCCUGCAUCCCGGGUGACUCUGUCACUGUGAGCAUCUCUACCACUACCGUCACAGAGACUGUUGGUACCACCACCUCUGAGGCUGCCUCUUCCUCUGGCAAGUCUGAUACUGUGUCUUCCUCAGUGUCAGGCUCUGUCUCGGAUGUUUCAGUGUCUUUCUCCAGGUCAUCUACAGAGUCUGCUUCCACUGCAGACGAUGACUCCAAGUCCAAGACUGAGACUGCCACCUCUGCCACUAGUGGGUCUAACACGAGUGUUACAACUGAGUCUGCCUCAACAGUGACGUCCAUUGAGGGCUCUACCAAGUCCUCUACCGGAUCAACCGGCUCUCAAGACACUGCUUCCACUGCCACCACGGCUACCUCUGAUGACUCGAAGGAGUCGUCUACUGUCUCUACCAGCUCUCAUGAUACCACCCUGACCUCCAAGUCUGGUGAUGCCUCCACCACCACCUCCGAUGCCUCCUCCCAGGCCACCGAUGUCUCCAAGACUUCGUCGGAUAUCUCUUCCCAGACUACAUCCGAUGCUUCGCAGACCUCAUCUGAUGCUUCCAAGACCACGUCGGAUGCCUCUUCGCAGUCUACUACUGGUACUUCCGAGACUACCACUGGCACCUCUUCCCAGACCACUGGUACUUCUUCUCAGACCACGUCGGAUGCCUCUCAGACUAGCUCUGGCGCUUCAUCCCAGACUACCUCCGACGCAUCCAAGACUACAUCUGAUGCCUCCCAAACCACCUCUGGCACUUCUUCACAGAGCACUACCGGCACUUCUUCCGAGACUACCACUGGCACAUCGUCCCAGACCACAUCCGAGGCUUCCAAGACCACCUCUGCUACCGAGUCUACUUCCACGAGCGCCGCUGACUCCACUACUGAGUCGGCCAUCACAUCCAACUCGCUCUCUGCCCGCAGUGUCAACGUUUCAUCUUCCACAGAGACCACCUCUGCAUCGUUGACGACUUCGUCUGCCUCUGUCACUUCGGCAGCCUCCUCCACCACGUCUGAUUCCACCUCUUCCUCCACAUCCAGCAGCCAACUCCCUGUCGGCACUGUCGACAGCACCAUCCUCAUCUUUGCCAAGGAUGAGUAUGCUGCUUCAUCCGCUGGUUGGGGUUUCGAGGGCUAUGGCAUCCCCUUUGAGAAGGUCCUUGUUCCUCAGACCGGAUUUGAGCUGCCCACUCUCAACUCGUCCUCUAGCAAGGGCAACUACGGUGGUAUUGUGGUCGUAGACUCCGUCUCCUACGAGUACUCUGAUGGUUGGAGGAGUGCCAUCUCGACCGAGCAGUGGGAGAAGAUCUACGAGUACCAGAUCAACUUCAAGGUUCGCCUGGUCCGCAUCAACGAGUACCCUGGUCCCAACUUUGGAACUAGUGCCUCUGGUGCUGGAUGCUGCGCUACGGGUGUCGAUCAGCUCAUCAGCCUUACUGAUACCAGCGAUUUCCCCACGGCCAAUCUCAAGACCAACGCUGGCCUCUCUACCAAGGGCAUCUGGCAUUACCCUGCCACCAUCACCGACUCCAACACCAAGCAGAUCGCCAAGUUUGGCCCUGGUGGUGAUUAUGCUGAGGACACUGUCGCCGGUGUCAUCAACACCUUCGAGGGUCGCGAGCAGUUUGUCUGGUUCAUCGGCUGGGCUGCCGACUGGUCCCAGACCACCAACUUCCUCCAGCACGCUCACAUCCACUGGAUCACCCGCGGUGUCUUCCUCGGCAAGCGCAAGGUUCACCUGAGCACCCAGGUCGACGAUGUUCAGCUCGCCACCGGCCUGUACCUCCCCGCUGGUGAGGAGUUCAAGAUCCGCACUGAUGAUCUGGAGGGUCAUGUCACCUGGCAGACCAGCCUCAACGCCCGUCUCCCUGCUGGAUCCGACUAUUGGCUCGAGAUGGCUCACAACGGCAACGGUGAUAUCAUUGCUGCUGUUGAGCAACCCACAGGCGAUGACUUCUGCGUUCCUGACUAUGCCGUCGACUAUGACUAUCCUCCUGACACUCCUCUGGAGUGGACCAAGCCCCCAGGCACCGGCGAGGACAAGUGGUCCGACGAGUUUGUCUACGGAGAGUAUCCUUGGUCCGAGACUUGCGCUAAGCUUGACGAAUUUGCCUCGUGGUUCCUCAACUCGGACAACCUCAACGCUUUUGCCCAUCUCUCGCACACCUUUACUCAUCUGGAGCUGAACAACGCCACCUACAAGGAUGCUGCACGCGAGAUUGACUUCAACCGCGCCUGGAUGAGCCAGAUGGGUAUUGACCAGGCCCAGCGGUACUCUACCAACGGACUUGUUCCCCCCGCCAUCACUGGCUUGCACAACGCCGAUGUCAUCCAGGCGUGGCUGGAUAAUCAGAUCCUCUACGUGGUCGGUGACAACACCCGAACUCCCCUGAAGAACCCUAACAGCAAGUUCUGGCCUCUCAUCAGCACGGUCGAGGGUAACGGCUAUGACGGCCUGGUCAUUGUUCCUCGCUUUGCCACCACCAUCUACUACAACUGUGAUACUGCCGAGUGCACGACCCAGGAGUGGAUCGACACCUCUGGUGGUUCCGGUGACUUUACCAACCUGCUGGAUAACGCCAGGACCGAGAACACUCGCUACUUGCUUGGCCUGCAGGCUGAUCCCUACAUGUUCCACCAGGCCAACAUGCGCCAGGUCGACAUGGAGACCAUCACUAUUGGUGACCAGACGGGCAAGAUGUCUCUCAUCAUGUCUUGGGUCGAGACCAUUACCCAGGAGCUGUACCGUCUUACCGACUGGCCUAUUGUGUCUCUGAAGCACGACGACAUUGCCCAGUACUUCCUUGACCGGAAGACUCUGGACGACUGCAACCCCCAGCUGUCGUAUGGCUUCUCUGAUGAUGGCAAGACUAUCGAGAGUGUCACCGUCACCGCCAACGGCAACACUUGCUCUGUCCCCGUCCCUGUCACUGUGCCCGGUGGCGCCUCUGCCUCGGGCGGCUCGUCCAGCUCUGACACUCUGGGCUCUGAGCCUACCAUUGAGUGGGUGACUCUGGCCGGCUCGCCCGUCACACUUACUCUCAGCCAGCCUCUUACUGUCUAA